AUGGUGACACGACUCUCGCUCGUGGCGAGCUACCUGCUGGCGAGGACCGCCUCGGCCGGCCUCGCCAUCGCCGACAGCGUUCUCGUCCGCGCCGAAGACGUGCUCUCGACGCCCUACGUCGCCCUCGUCUCCGCCAGCAACACGCCGCUCCUCACCCGUCGCCAGCAGGCCGAGAACGCCUCCGCCGACGGCAUCCAGCUGCAGCCCGACGGCGCCCUCAACCUCACGGCCUGGGACCAGGACACCAACAACGCCUGCGUCGCCGCCCUGCGCGCCAUCCAGCGCGCCAGCAACCCCUCGGGCAACUGCAUCUGCUACAACCUGCCCUCGCUCGACACCAAGAGCGGCGUCUUCGAGGCCGAGCUCCGCCUCUACAAGGUCUCGGAGCCCCGCGACAUCUGGACCGGCGUCAAGCCGGCCGACAUCAAGGUCAGCGUGUCCUACAUUGGCGCGAGCGCGAGCCCCGUCCGCCCGGCUGCCCUGACCGGCAAGGGCAUGCAGGGCGUCAUGUCGUCGGUGGCGCGCCGGUCCGGCCUCGAGGGCCGUGAAGACCAUAAUCCCCAGCUGCUGCAGGCGUACAUGCUUGUCGGCCAGAUUGACCAAAAGGAAAUGUCGGACCAAAUGUCCAUGGCCGCUCUUCAGAGGCUCGUCAUGCCCACCCUCACCCUCGCCGCCACCAACACCAGCGGCAUCCGCAUCACCACCAAUGUCAGCCUCAAUGAGGCCACCUUUCUCAACGGCGUCUUUUCGCGCGAGGUGGUUCAAUCUGACUUUUCCGCCGCCCAGGCAGCCGUCGACGACGCCCUCACAGCCCUUCACAACGGCACGGCCGCUUUUAUCCUCCCCGGCGUCCAGCUCAUGAUCUUCCCCAUCGGUCUCGUCAUCACCUCCGCCUGGCUGGCGAUCGGACUGGCCGCGUACGGCAUGGGAACUUUUGAGCGCGUCCAGUAUGCGGCAAUGUAUAGGCAGCGCAAGGGCCUCGAUAGAAACCGUGUACGUGGCGGCAAACCGUUUUAA